AUGGGUGUGAGAGCAAAGGCCUUCUGGAAGGCCUUUUCCACGAACCUCUUUGACUAUGAAACACAAAAGGUUGUGCAGAUUAAUUCAUUCAAAAUCGGCUUUACCUACCGUCUGAUACAACUCGGGAUUGUGCUCUACGUUGUGUUCUGGGUGAUGUAUUAUGAGAAGGGCUACCAAGCCUUCGACGAAGCUGUUAGUGGUGUUACGGCUAAACUCAAAGGCAUUGCUUUCUCUAAUCGCACAAAGAGCAAUAUUGGGGCAAUAGUCUGGGAUGCCGCUGACUACGUCAUUCCGCCUCAACAGCGCUCUGCAUUUUUCGUGAUGACGAAUCUUGUUACAACUUCAGGGCAAACACUAGGCACUUGUGAAGAGUCCCACGAUGUUGCCGGCAACGACUGUAAGUCGGAUAAAGACUGCGAGGCUGGUUGUAUUGUGAUGGUAGGCAGUGGAGUCCAGACUGGAAUAUGUGUCCCAUCAACACGUAAGGCCAACUUAAGCGUCUGUGAAAUCUAUGGGUGGUGCCCCACCGAACACGAUGUUCUUCCAAAUGAUUUCAUAGUAGCCAAUGCCCCCAAUUUUACUGUGAUGCUUAAAAAUAGCAUAGAAUUUCCACAAUACCAUGUAAAACGACUCAAUAUUUUAGGCUGGAUGGAUAAACACUUCCUAUCCACUUGUCGAUACAACCCGAACAACGAAAAAUUGAAGUAUUGUCCCAUUUUUCGUCUUGCGGAUAUAAUGGAGUACACAGAGGCGGAAAAUAAACAAAUAUGGAACAAAGGAGGCAUGGUAUCAAUUCACAUUGAGUGGAACUGCAAUCUGGACUACAACGAGGAGCAGUGCCUGCCGAAGUACAUAUUCCGUCGGUUAGACGAUUUUGACAACCCUGUGGGAAAAGGAUGGAAUUUCCGAUUUAGUCAUCACUAUAUGGAAGGUAACGUGCGAAAGCGAAAUCUCAUAAAAGCCUAUGGAAUACAAUUUUUCAUCACAGUCUACGGUAAGGGUGGAAAGUUCCAUUUGCUCACAUUUUCCAUGAAUCUUGGGUCGGGGCUUGCUCUCCUCGGUAUUGCGACCGUACUAUGCGAUACAAUCGUUUUGAAGAUAACCAGGAAACGUGAAGUUUACCGAAGUGCAAGGAUCGAUCUUGUGGCACAGAUGCAAAGGAAACAAAAGAAGGCCCAUAAUCCUCGGAUCAGGAUCCGACUAAACAGGGGCAGAACACUACGGCAUGAAAGCAGCUUUCCCGUGGUCAGCUCCUCAACAUAG